AUGGCUGCAAUCAUGGAGAAUCAGGUGGAGGAGAUGAGAAAGAUGUUGAACAAGUUCAAGGUCUGUUCUGGUACGACAGCGGAGUCUGCAGGCCUGCCUGGCCAUGCGGAUGUGCUGAUCUUUGGGCCAAGUGGCAGUGGAAAGAGCAGCUUGAUUCGCACUUUCUACAUGGCCCUCCACAAGACGCAGCAGGUGCCGCCAGAUUUUGCGGAGAGGAUUAUCGUCAAGGACACCGCCAUGAAUGAGGGCACCUUGAAGUAUGUCUCCGCUGUCAUCAAACCGGCAAAGCUCGAUCAUCGUGGCAACAUUCUAUCGUCUUCCAUCAUGUGCCACGAUACGCGCGGACAGAUCUGGAUGGAUGAACGCGAGCAGAAGCAGCUGAGCGUCAUCAUGGACGGACAGGUCAAGGACGAUUGUAUGGUGCAGCAGCGAAACUAUAGGUAUGCGAGACUCCUUUGGGAGUUCUGGAAGCGGGACUCUGAGCUCUUUCCGCCAGAGAUACUGGCAAACGGAAAGAGCCUGAACAAUCAGCCACAUGCAGUGCUUUUCGUAUUUGACGGUUCAGUGGAAGAAAUCCCAGAUGGGGAGGAGGAACAGACUGCCUGA